UGAGUUAUCAAUUGUUCGAGCUACUGUUUUUCCGAGUAUUUCUAUAUGGUGCACGAAGAUAUAUAUCUGUGCGACUUUUGCCAUGCGUAACGCUGCCGUCUGGCUGGCAGUCCGACCUUUUUUGGGGGGCACUUUUAUGGAGCAUGAGAAACGGAGACAGAUAUCAUUGCUUUUAAUUGCCCGAGAGCUGAGCGCCUAGGCCUAGGUCACUCUGUACCAGAAUUGCAUUCCCCUCCGCUCCACUCCACUUCAAUCCAAUCCAAUACACUCCACUGCUACCAUAAUUAAUUUAAUAAAAUGUAAAGCAGCCUGGUUGGAAAAAACUUGACUCAUUCUCGGCGCUCAGAAGCGACUUUGAGCGGUAUUCGAAAAUCGGUUGACUCACAGACUUGAGUUCAACUCGUUUUUGUGGCAUUCAACGGCAAGCGAAUAAAAGUUCGCCGUCUCGAUAUUCUAUGAUCAGUUUACGGUCUCAACUUCACCCAGGUGUUCCAGUUUCGUUUUAAGUGCUUCUCUCGAGGAUUAGCCGCUGAAAUAAGUCCAGAUCAAACCAAUCAUGCCGACCGCCUGCCAAGUAACGCUGCUCGCUGGAUGCCUGCUUCUGGCCAUGAGUUCGGUUCGGGCCCAGUUCUUCUACCACCAGGCGCUGGGUCUGCCGGUUGCGCACGCUUACGAACCGGCCAAUCCGUACCAGGGAUAUGCCACAGCCGAUGCCCAUCCCUCAGUGGUGCGAAAUGCCCAGUGGGAGUCUGAGUUGCCGGCUGAGCUGUCGAAGAGUGCGCGGUUCUACAAUGAUCCCGUGAUCGCCGCCAAUCUGGCCAAGGAAUCACUGCUCACGAAGAAGGAAAUGGCAGUGGUACAUCGCGAGGCUGAGAAAAUACCGCGCGAACAGGUGUACAAGCUCUUCAAGAACGCCGGCUACCUGAGUAGCAGAUAGAACUCGCGAAGCCAGAUGAGUU